AGUCAUUAUGCCUCCCCUGAUUUUCAACCUUAUGUGCCCCAAAUGAACAUGAACGUCGAGCAACGAUUAGGGGCAAUGUCUUACUCCACGAAUAAAACGAAUACGACUGUCCCUUUUCUGCACCGGGCUCUACCUCAAAAGCUGUCUACUGAAGAGCCUGACGAUCACGAUAUGGCAGAAUUUCGAGAACCCAGAAAGGUCGAGGCUAUGAAAUUAAUCAGAUAUCACCUCGACAAUUUCAUGAGAAAUAGUGCUUAUAUUCUUCCGGCUUCAUUACGACCAACUCUGGUGCAGAGUCCGUCACAAAGUGUUAUUGACCGUAUUAUAUAUCCUGAACUCCGAGACCGUAUCAUCCUUCUUCGAGGGCAAUUUUCGUUAGCGGAUUGUUUUUUUGAUUACUCGAAGGCGAUCAAAGUCUAUGAAGAUGAUGUUCUUUCUCACCAUAACUGGGAACUUGCCGAGUGGUGGUUACGGAAAUACAGUCACCUCGUCGAUAAGCCAACCUUGAAUGUCUGUAAUCGCUGGAGACGCGAGCGCGGUGAACCCGAUUUAUUGCUAUCUGAUAUUGGUACUCAAGGGAUUCUCCCCCGUCCUAAGACUGAUAUG